CGAGUGUCGAUCGAAAGGUGAUUUCUCUUCAUUUGCAUCAUACAUUGUAUAUAAAAAAAAAAACUAUUUAUUUAUUUUUUAAUUUUUUUUUUUAUGUGUGUAUAAAUACAUAUUUAAACGAGACGAAAAAUUAUGUCUCGUGUGAUGCUUGCCAAUUUCUCAAUGGCAAUUUUAAAAUAAAAAAAAAAUUUUAAAAUUCAAAAUUAAAAUUUACAAAAUUUAAAAAAGUAAAAAUUUAUAAAGGAAAUACUUGAGUGACCUAAGGGUCAAUUUGGUCAUUGCGAGAUAAUGAUUACAGAACAAACUUGGACCAUGAUGCUGGAACCAGAUGUACCAGGCAUCGAUGAAUUGAGCAUAUCACCAAGAAAACACUUGUGGAUAAAAGCAGUUAAAAAAUUAACAUCAGAAAGACUUGGAAGAGAAGGUCUUGCUGCUUGGGGUGCACCAAGACAACAUGAAGAUCGUGAAUUACCAGAUAUCAAGGAAGAAUCACCACAAGGUGAAAUAACAUUUAUCAUUGAUCCACCACCAGUUAUUCAAUCUGAUAAAUGUCAUACUGAUAAUGAAGAAGAUGCUACUGAUAAUUGUCAACAAGCAAAAAUAACUGAAAAAGAAAAUGAAGAUAAAAAAGAAGAAGAAGAAGAGCCACUUCAUCAACAAGGUUUAAACAAUUUAAAUUUUAAUAGAAAAGAAAAAAAAAAUGUCAUAACAAUUUAAAUGGGUAUAUUAAUGUUUUAAAAAUUUAGAUUGCAUUAAUAACAAUUUGGAUAUUUCGACGAAAUGAAAAUAGCAGUAGUUUAAUUGAAACAAUAUCAUGGGCAUCAUGUUGUAUGUUGGCAAAUUUAAUUGUAUGUGUACUUGGCCUUUGGAGAUGGUUUUCCAAUAAUUAUCUUUAUUGGGCUUCAGUAUUUACCUGGCUGCUUAUAAAUAUUCAAGGUUUUGUAGCAGCUGGACUUAAUUUUUCAUCACAACAAAGAAUGAUGUGGUAUAUAUUAUUUGUUGUUUAUGCACCAUAUGCAAUGUUACCACUUCCAUUGAGAUGGUGUGUACUUGCUGGAUCUGGAACGGUAUUAACACACAUGACAAUGACUAUUUCAACAAUUUUUUAUGAUCCAAAAGACUUUCAGGAUGUUAAAUGUAUUGCAAGAAUGUUAACAACAAAUAUACUACUUUAUGUUGCUGUUAAUUUAUCUGGUAUGUACACAAAAUAUUUGACUGAUCGAGGUCAACGUCAAGCAUUUCUUGAAACACACAGAUCUAUGGAAACACGUCAAAGAACACAAAAUGAAAAUAAUAGACAGGAAAAACUUUUAUUAUCUGUUUUACCAGAUUUUGUUGCCAAAGAAAUGAUUAGAGAUAUUGCUAGAGAAACAGCAAGUGGUGGAACAUUUUCAUUUACACCAAAUCAAUUUCAUAGAAUUUAUCUUCAUAGAUAUGAAAAUGUCAGUAUUUUAUUUGCUGAUAUUAAAGGUUUUACAGCUUUGGCAAGUCAAUGCAGUGCCCAAGAAUUAGUCAAAGUAUUAAAUGAUUUAUUUGCUAGAUUUGAUAAAUUAUCAUCGGAAAAUCAUUGUUUAAGAAUAAAACUUCUUGGUGAUUGUUAUUAUUGUGUAUCGGGACUUCCAACAGCAAGAAGUGAUCAUGCACAGUGUUGUGUUGAAAUGGGACUUCAUAUGAUUAAAGCAAUCGGAGAUAUUCGCUACAAGACAAAAGUUGAUCUCAAUAUGAGAAUUGGCAUACACAGUGGAUCAGUAUUGUGUGGAGUUCUUGGCCUUAGAAAAUGGCAAUUUGAUGUAUGGAGUUACGACGUUACUUUGGCAAAUCAUUUGGAAAGUGGUGGAAUUCCUGGACGAGUUCACAUAUCAGAAGAUACCUUGGCUUGUUUAAACGACGUCUAUGAAGUUGAACCCGGUAAUGGAAUCGACAGAGAUAAUUAUUUAAAAGAUCGUGAUGUCGUAACAUAUUUAAUAAAACAAAUUGAACCAUCACGACCCAAAAGAAAACAAUCAACAAAACCAAAAAUAUCCUCAGAUGAUGAUCCAUUGAAUAAAUUAAAAAAAAGUUUUAAAAUUGCAAAUGCACUUGCAGCAAGUGCCAAUAUGAUAACAGCAAAUCAAACAAAAGAAGAAGAUGAAGUUGUCGUUGAUUGGACUCCAGAAAUACCAUUUGAAAAUUUAAAUAGUGCAACAUCAAUGAGUAAUCUUGAAGCUGAACUUGAAGAUGACGAUGAUGAAGAAGGUGGUGGUCAAGGUGAAAAAAGAAGUGGUGGUGGUUUUGAAACAGCAAGUAAUAAAAGAAUGAGACUUGCUAAUAUUAAUCCAUGGACACUUAAAUAUAAUGAUGAUAAUCUUGAAUCAAAAUUCGGUCAAUUACGAGAAGAUAUGUUUAAAUCAAAUAUGACUUGUUGUUUUUUUAUUUGGAUAUUUAUUGCAACUUGUCAAGCUGUUAUUGUACCAAAUUGUAUUAUUUUACUAAUUUCACUAGUUGUAACAACAAUAAUAUUUGUUGCUUGUUCAAUUCUCGUAAUGGCAGAAGAAUUUAAAAAACUACCAAAUUACUUGCAACAAGCUUCAUCAAUACUUGUAUUAAAAAAACAACAUAGAACAAUAUUUAUAUGUAGUUUAAUAAGUCUAAUGGCAUUGACAUCAAUUAUUGGAGUAUUAGAGUGUCCAUCUGGAAAAUUAUCAACUAAAAAUCUACCAAUUUAUGACAAACUAAUAAUGCCAAAUAAAACUGGGAUUAUCAAUUCAACUACAGCAUCAUCAACACUUCAAGUAGACAAUCUUAUUAUAAAUUUUUUAAAAUCAGCACUUCAAUAUGAAGCUAAAAAUGGUGACUUAAAAAUUCAUGAAAAUAAAACAAAUAAAUUACGACAUAAAAGACGUGAAAUAUUAAAAUUUUAUCGUUAUGAAAAACAUUCAGGAUCUAUAAGACAUUAUAAAAGAUUUACACCAAGACAAAAUGUUAAUUUUAAUUCAAGAAAAAUAUUAACAAUCAAUGAAACAUUUGAUGAUAAAAAAACAAUUUAUAUUGAAAAUAAAAGAAAUUGUUUACAGCCAGAAUAUAUUGUAUUUACUUGGAUACUUUGUUUGAUAGCAUUAGCAUCAGCUUUAAAACUUUAUUAUAUUGUUAAAACUGCAUUAGCAUCAAUCAUUGUAUUGAUGUAUGCAAUUAUUAUAUUAAUUGGUAGACAAGAUAUUUUUGUAACAAUUAAAAAUCCUGAUGAACCAGCAAUAUCAUUGUCAGCACAAAUGUUAAUUUUUUUAGCUGUAUUUUUAGUUGUUGUAACUUAUCAUGGUCGUCUUGUUGAAGUUACAUCAAGACUUGAUUUUUUAUGGAAACAACAAGCUGAACGUGAACUUGGUGAUAUGGUUGAAUCAAAACAUAAUAAUAUGCAAUUAUUAAAAAACAUAUUACCAGAUCAUGUUGCUAAUCAUUUUCUUACUGCUGAACAUCCACCUGAAGAAUUAUAUUCACAAUCUCGAGCAAAAGUUGGUGUAUUAUUUGCAAGUAUACCAAACUUUACAGAAUUUUAUUCGGAGGAUGUUAACAAAGGAAUGGAAUGUAUUAGAUUACUCAAUGAAAUAAUUGCUGAUUUUGAUGAACUUCUUGAUGAAGCACCAUUUCAUUGUAUUGAAAAAAUUAAAACAGUUGGAGCAACUUAUAUGGCAGCAUCUGGUUUAAAUCCAAGUCAAGCAGAAAUUGCCAAGGAUGAUAGUGAACAUUUAUGUAGACUUGUUGAUUAUGCAGUUGCAAUGAGACUACGUCUUGAAGAUGUUAAUAUUCAUUCAUUUAAUAAUUUUGAUCUGAGAGUUGGUAUUAGUUGUGGUCCACUUGUUGGAGGAGUUAUUGGUGCCCGGAAACCAGUUUUUGAUAUUUGGGGUAACACAGUUAAUAUGGCAUCAAGAAUGGAUUCAACAGGUGUCAAUGGUAAAAUUCAAGUACCAAAAGAUGUUGCAAUUUUUUUAGAAUCAAAAGGUUAUCAUACACAAAAACGUGGACUUGUUGAAGUUAAAGGUAAAGGAGCUAUGGAAACAUAUUAUGUUCUUGGUAGAGAUAAUCUUGAAAAAGAAAAUAUAUCAAGAAAUCGUAGCACAUGUAGAAGUCUUGCUGCUGUUGUUUAUGGUGUUGUACAAGCAAGAAGAAAACAAAUGGCAACUCCAAUAACAACAAAAACAUAAAAAAAUUUUAAAAAUCAUAAAAAGACAAAUAAGCCAAUUAAAAA